AUGACCAAGACUGGGCGCCCUGAAGACUUCAUGAGCAAGAAGCUCUUUGCUUUUUGUCUCUUUUCAAUUGGAUUUACCAUCUUCCUGCUCUUUGGCUCCCCAGCUCCUCCAUCGCCCGACGAGCUCAAUGACACUCCUGGUAUUUCGGGCCAGCACGGGCAAACGACAUACAAAGGUCGCCAGGCCAUCAGCACAUUCCUAGCCUCAAAAUCCAGCAAACAAGCCGACCAAAAUGACAACGAAGAUGCCUAUUUUGUGAGCGCGCGGACGCUUAUAUACCAGCUGCUCCACUCUCCCACCACCAAGCUUCUACACCCAGUGCCCAUUGUGGUACUCGUUACCAAGGAUGUCAGAGAGAGCAAGCGUCAAACUCUUCGACAUGACGGUGCCAUCGUCGUCGAAGUUGAGGACGUCACACACAACACGCCCAUUGCUGCCGAACGCUGGACAUCUAUGGCGACAAAGCUGCAUGUCUUCGAUCCUGCAAUUGUCCCCUACGAAAAAGUCCUCUUCAUGGAUAUAGAUAUGGUCUUGACCCGUCCCAUCGACAAAAUCUUCCAAGACUUUAGCACUGAGCUUGGCCCAAUCACCAAUGCCAGCCAGGUCGAUGCCGAACUCGGCCCUCUUCCCGAGCAAUAUAUUCUAGCCACCUCUCCGGAGUCACACCAGAAGGACCAUGCAUAUCCGUUUCUCGACUCUGAUCACACGAUGAGCACAUUCAACAGUGGCUUAUUCAUUUACUCUCCCUCGGUCGAGAUGUAUCAGUACUAUAUGCGGCUUCUUGAUCAUCCUGAUCUCUACUACACCGGCAUCCCGGAUCAAGACCUCCUCAACUAUGCGCAUCGCUGGGGUGGACCGAUGUCGUGGAAGCGUUUGCACUGGUCCUGGUAUAUCAAUUUGCCUAACAAAAAUGACCUUCAAGGUGGUAUGGCUCUUUUGCAUGCCAAAUGGUGGGAACAGGGAGCCUCUCUUUCCCGCGAAUCCAUCGAGCAAUUUGCUCUUGCUCGUAGAUGGGAGAUGGAGGGAUAUUGGAUGGGCCAAGAAGCCAAGUCGAGCUCUUGA